GGCUUAGUUUGAAGCAGUUCGUCUCACGGAGUAGACACACGAUUCGAUUCGUGGCGCGCAAUUUAGAAUCCAGAAGGAGUGUGAAACAACGAAAAACCGUGUGCGCGUACUUGUCGGAACACGUUGUUGUGCGCGCGAGGAGUGGUUGCGAAAAAAAAUCGGAAGCGCUCCCCCUCUACCUGGCAGAUCGGGGGUCACGUGGGGUUUGAGGAGCAGUGAAAAGCCGGCUCAGUUGAAGAUUUUUCGGGAGUGAAGUGUUGUUCCAUUCAUCGAUCAGCCGGCACCAGAAGUGGUCGAUCCGAACCGAGUGGUGGUCAACAGUUCCGUGUUCCACAACGGACUUUGUUUUGAUUCUCCGGGGAAUGCGUCCUGUUUGCUAGAGUGGCGUAAACGAAACGUUCGGAUAGAUUUGGCACAUCCGACUAGUGCUUGUGCAAUGUAAACUGGAAGCUGUCAGUCAGAGUGCGUGCAUCUAAUCGUAGAUCGCGAUCGUGCUCGGAAACCUUCGGGAUAUCGCCGGUGCGAAUCACGCAAUCACUCACUCACAGAAGCCGGAGGCCACCGCGGCCGGCGUGAGUUAUUAAUUAACCAAACGGAUAAGAUUAGCGAUUGUUUUGCAUCUAAAGAUUUUCAUUCAUCUUAAUUAACACUGCGCAGGCGUUGGUGGUGAAGAAGAGCUACGAUUGACUGCGAAUACAAACGAACAGAUGAACAGAGAGAACGUUUAAGAAAUAUCGGCUAAUCGAAAGGAAGCAGCAAAAAAAUGUAUCAUCUAAUGAGAUUUACUUAAUUUAUGUAUUAAGAAAGCCGAUUGUUAGAGGCAGUCAUAAAUAUUUGCGCUCGAAGGGGGGCCCGUGAAUCGAGGGGGUAUUUUGUGCCUCUGCCUUCCUAAUUAUUCGCCGUGCAGUCGGUUUCUAUUCGGUGGCUGGUGGAAACUUUAAUUUGUAAGUCAGUGAAGUAUAGUCAGUCGCGCAACCCUAGAUGUAAGAGUGAAGUGAACGGCUUAAUAUAGGUUUUUGUGAAAAAGCAAUAAAAACCUCGAAACACACACAAAACAAACGCUCCGAUAACGAGCCACCCGAGAAACGAUACAUCGGAAAAAAGGCAGAUAAAAUCCCAUCAUCAUGACAUCCAUCGGUAGGAUCACUAAACGACCUGCCGUACCACCUGUGCUGCUGAUGCUCAUGGCGAUGAUAGCGAUCAAACAAUCUUCGGCAUGCUACUUUCCUAUCGAGUACCAAGGCGAGUACAUCACCCAGAACACGGUGACGGACGGUUCGGUGCGGUACAGCCGGAUCAACAUCACCGAGAGUGCGAUACCGAUCUGGGGCAUGUGCCAUCGAAGACACGACAACAACGUGGUGCUGGUGACGGGAACCGAGGAAGCACUUUGCUUUCGCUGUUUCCACCUGAAGCUGGUCUCGAAAAAUGUCCUGCGGGUGCUGACGGCGGACAGUGACUACAUCUCCAAGUGUCACACGAACGAGGAUAAGGCGUUGGCCUCCUGUCUGCGGGAAGACAAGCUGCAGGACGAGGAGAAAAAUACGGAGAUCAUUCUCUACAAAUUCCGCGAAUGGAACGGUGACGAAGUUCGCCAGGAGUACUGUCCGAUCCACGGUCGGUACAAAUUAUCCUACAACAUUGACAACGGAACCGAAGAUCAGGUGGAGUGUGAAUCCCAGGAAUCCGAAGUCGACAACUGUCCGUCCGGGUCGGCACUGAAUCUACGCUUUCGGAACUGUGCUUUCCGCGAUCAGGAAGUGACGUUCGAAUGUCUUGGCCAUUGGCGGGGACUACGCAAUCAGAACUUCGUAGCACUGGUCAAUGCCAACGGUGAUGCCCGUCUGGGACCGAAGUAUCGGUGUGCUACGUGGAUCGAAAAUCCGAAGAGUGGCGAAAUUGAGAUCUCCUUCAGUAAGGACUCCACCUGUCGAUCGAUCAACAAAUACCACCGCAAUCUGAACUCGUACGGGAACAACAUCAACAACGACUACCACAGUGAGGUUGUUUCGCUGAAACCGAUUCCGCAGGAGUUCGGUCAAAUCAGUCAGUAUUGCAGCUUCCCCAACUGGUUGAUUGGAAAAUGGGAACACGUGAUCGUGAGUCAAAACCAGCUGAUCUACAAGGACCACACGUCGUUCAAAACUUACACCAUGAAGUGCGUGAAGAACCACACCAAUCAUGAUGCGGACAAGUACAUCGUCUACAGUCAAACGCAAUGUGGCGAAGAAAAGUACCAAUGUCUGAAGAUACAGCGACGAGACGAAAACGUUUUCGAAUUUCAGAUCAGUUCCCGUUCGGAACCGAACUACACGAGCACAAUCUGCAACGAGUUUUACUUCAACGACGAUCGGUGGCUUACCCAGGGACGGUUGGAUAGCAACAGCAUCGUGUCGCCGUGUCCGAUCGUGGGCGAAUUCUCCGGUGUGAUACCGGACGACGAAGGGCUCUGUGCGAAAUUGUCAUCGGAAUGCGGUUCCCCCGAUAUCAUGUACUAUCAGAUCUCGGCUUGUGAAUUCGAUGAAAUUUACGAAGAACGGGAAUAUCGAUGUCUGGGCCAGUGGACGCACCGAAACAUCGUCUACACGUACACACAGCGACGGGACGUCGGUACCUACGAGUGUUUCGUAGGAACGAUGCUUUCCGAUCGGCAAAUUUUCAUCAAGGAAGCUGGUGAGCAUUGCCAACGGGACGUAAAUCCGCAUCGCUUCGGAAUGGAGCUUAACAAGGUGGCACACUGUAGCGUGCCGGAAACCUUCAAACCGUCCAGCCGGCCAACCCACAAGUACUCCGAGGUCGCAACAAUACGAUCGUCCACGUCCGGUUACAGUAGUAGUAACAAUAACGGCAAUAGCAAAAAUAAUAACAACAAUCACAACCAGCAAAGUUCCUCGCCGUCCGUGGUGGCCAACUCGACACCGUCGUCGCCAGUGGUCACCACCGGACGAAGUAACACCCAGUAUACGGUCACGAAUCAACAGCAACCGAAGCAGCAACAUCCGCCGUCGGCACCGUCGUCACCGACGGCGAGACCCGGCGUGUCCGGCUCAGGAGCCGUCAGCACGCUCCUUCCUGUACAGUCACAGCAGUCCUCGUAUUUAUUAUUGUUAGCAACUCUUAUCUGUGUUAUCUUAGGUUUUAAUAAAUUUAGGUGUUAAACAAUUUUAUACAAA